GGAGUCACUGCCGCGCACGUGGCGGAGGUACUGCAAGCGGGGUGCUGCGCGGCUCCCAGGCGGGAGGCCCUGGCCAUGCUGAGGGAUGAGGGGGAUUCCAGGUCCUUCUUGCAGCUGGAAAACAGGAGGAGGAAUGUUUUCGUGACCCAGCUCGGGGAGCACAGGGAAGAAGAGGAUAAAGAUGUCACUUAUAUCCCCAUCAUCAAUGAGGCCCCCAGCAAGAUUCUGGAGACUGAUGGAAACACCCUGCAAAAAACCUUGGUUCUCAAGAAAGAGAUUGAAGUUGAUCGUGUCACAGCAGAGCUUAUUGCUAAGAGGCAAGAGUUUAGAGAGCGGAUGGAAGCUGUGGCCCGACGGAGAGCAGAGUUCACCAAAAAGCAACAGGAUAGCAGGACUCAAGCUCUUAAAUUUGACAAGUUUCUUAAGGACACUGCUGUGAAGAGGCAGUGUGCAGUCCAGAAAUACCAAGUAGAAGCAAAGCUGAAUGAAAUGAAAGAGAGAGAAAUAAAUAAAUUGGUUGCAGAGCUUGAAAAGCUGAGAGUCAGGCAACAGAAACUGCAGAAGAAAGUGGAAAAAUAUAAAGUGUAUGAGGAUUUCCUACUGAAAAUAACUGAUAAGUUGCCUGACAACUAUCUGGAAUAUGGUGAAGAGUCUCUGGUAAGAGCUAUCAUCAGGAGGCACGAGACACUGUCAGCUACGAAUCAGAGCUUGAUAAAAAACUUGAUCGCCUUGUCAGAUGACUAUGAAAAAGGCCAGCAUGACCUUGAAGCCUUGCAACGGGAACACGACACCAGAAAACUUAUGCUGAUUAGUGAACUCUCUGAACUUCAGAUAAAGAGCAACAGAAUACAGGAGAAAAAUAAACAGUUGGAAUUGAAUAUUAGGCGUAAUAAAGUGUAUUUCAGAAACCAGAGUCAAGAACUAGGCAGCCUGUGGUUAGCUAUCUCCAACUUGGCUGAGCAGUGCCACAUGCCGCACUAUGGUCGCUUACAGGAAAUGGGAUUGUUGUCAAAGCUGGAUAUGAUCCAAGAAUAUAUCCUAGAAAAAAUGAAAAUUGAGCAGUUAGCAACACAGACUGAUGGAUCCAGAAUGUUGCAGUCUAGUCUCAGGACCAAAAUACAGCACAGAAAAAUAGGAGCCACCAAGAAGUCACAAAGCCAAGUUCCAGCUGGCAGUGGUGGCAUAAUACAAACUCCUAAAAAUAAGUGGAAAGUAUCAGUGUGACACCUUUAAACUAAUGUACUGUGGUUUCCAAAAUAACAGAACAGAUGAAAUCUGGAAGGUUAAAUAUCAGGCUUCUUGACUUUUCUUAAUGUAAACAGCUCCUUUCCGCUGCUUCCAUUUUUCUUCCACGCACAUGGCUGUUUGGCACUGGGGAACAGUCAUUGGACGGUAGGUCUAAAGUUGAAGGAAACAAGCUGAAAAAUAAAUAAAGUAUUUCAUAAAUGAUCAGCAGCAGCAGCACCACACUGAUCCUGCUACAUGCACAGACACAUAGGAUAAAUAUAUGUAUAUCUAUGAUAUGAUUAAAAAUUGGUUACUGUAUUUCA